CAAGGCAGAGUGCGGGGUCCAAUGGCCACUGCAUGUGAUGACCCCCACCUGGGCGAAGGCCCAUCCGAUGACUGCGACGUCCUACUGGAUGAUUCGGACUCAGACAGUCUGUUUUCUGAUGACUCGGUGCUUCCCGAUUAUGAAUUUGAGGAAGAUCCCAGAGAGCCGGCCAAAACACUGUAUGAGGCCUGUGCCAGGAACAACCCCGCCUCCCUGUGCAGCAUGCUGGAGAGAGGAGUCACUAAAGAAGAGGCCAAUGAGACGGAUAUCAACGGCAGGAAUGGACUGAUGUGCGCUGUGGCAAAGGGUUUCGUCGAUAUUGUCACCAUGCUGCAUACAUGUCCAUUUAUAGACAUCAACCAGCAAGAUAAUGAUGGAAAUACUGCCCUCAUGAUUUCUGCCCAGGCAGGCUUCAUCACCAUUCUGAACUAUAUCCUUAACUUCUACUCUGGCGUGGACACGGAGGUCAGGGAUCCCCGUGGCUUCACUGCCCUCAUCAAGGCAGGCCUGCAGGGCAGAGAGGAGUGUGUGUCUGCCCUGCUAAUGCAUGGUGCUGAUAUGAAUGCAAUCGACAUGGUCCAAGGGAGAGGCCUGAAGGAUUGGGUCAUCAGGACAGGAGGGUUUGAAACUUUGAACAGAAUACGCCGUCUGCAGGCUCAUCCUGUCGCUGAGCAUUUCUGUGAAAGCUUCAUCCCCGAGUGGCCUGAGCUGAAGCCACUGGUGGACAAGGCCACCGCCCCCAAAACGACCAGUCAGAAACUUAGGCAGCGUCUUAAAGACAGCCUCACUUUCAGCUUCCCUCAAGACCCACAAGACAAUGGGGUCAUGGACUAUAUGGUGCGAAUGACCACGAGUAUCCACAGCCCCCUGAUAGCCACUGGCUGCCGUCCUCUCUGUCCCGCCAGCCCUCCAGAGAUUGGCAAGCGACGGUUUGCCGUGCCCGAACUGCUCGAAAGGCACAGCAUCAAGGAGCUGGAGGAGGGCACAGUAUCCCACAGCAACGGCUCCAUCACCUCAGCUUCUCCUCCUCCUGUGUCAGCCGCCUCCGUAUCUCUGACCUGCUGCCAGGACUCCAACCGCAGGGAGAGCCUGGCCACAGGUGGCAUGAAAAGCUUCGUUCCCCGCAGCAUGGCACACAGGAACAGCGUCUUCCCCUCGGGCUGUAUUCCUAGGAUAGAAGUGACAAGAUCUGGCGAGCCCACACCAAAGAAAGAGAAAAAGAAGAAGAGAGAGAAGGGCUACCUGGAGCCUCCUGUCUGGAAGUACAAGGAAGCCAAGGAAGAGAAAAAGAGAGCGAAGAAGCAGGAAAAGCAAAAAGACCAAGAGAAAAAGACCAAGGGGUCCAAACGUUCAUCAAGCCAAAAAUGAGGCAGCUCUUUUUUUUCUCUGAGAAUUUUACUGUGACUAUGUCCAACAUGAGAAACGGGUAUGCGGUAGUGGCGACUCUAAAGACUGAUUUAACAGACGGAAGAUUCAAAACUAUUUAAACUUUGGCCUUGGAUGAACAGGAGAAAACUGGAGCCACUUGAAUUUGAGAGAUAUUUAGUGACAUGUGACUGUUUCUUAUUUCAUCUGCGAAAGAUUGGAUUAGUAAAUAAAGUCACGCGGGGAUGGAACGUUCAUCAUUUUAUUUUUGAAAACAUUGUACAUUUGUUGGGACUUUGUCAAUCUGUGAAUUGUUAAGGUUUCCAGGUAGCGUGCCAUUAUGGUGUUAAUGCAGUACAAAUAAAGCAAUAACAAAUACUG